CACACUUCCACGAGUUAAAAAAAAAAAAAUCAGCACACCAACAAAUAAAUACACAAAAAACAGAAGCCUUCAAAAGCUUUUAAUCUUCCUCUUCAAUGCCAAAGAGCAGCUGCUACUAUCGACGACCGAGCCACCGGUUCAUCUCCGGCGAACAAACAUUAACAACCGGUUCAGAGUUCGAGCUCGACGAGCGGGAUCUCUACAAUCACGAACCCGCAGAUCUUGAACCGUCCGGUUUAGCCUUACCCGACCUCAACUCAACCGGAUUCCGGGCCGGACUUGACCGGAACCGGUUUCUGUCCGAGGGAAUCGUAAGUACGGUUCCGGUUAACGUACCGGACUGGUCGAAGAUCCUCGGGGAGGAGAAGAGCGAUCGCCGGAAGAGAGCCGUCGAGGAAGACGGCGGUGAUGACGUGUCCGGAGGCGAAGGAAGGCGGUUGCCGCCGCACGAGAUCAUGGCGCGACGGAGGAUGGCGUCGUUCUCGGUUCACGAAGGCGCGGGCAGGACGUUGAAAGGGAGGGACCUGAGGAGGGUGCGGAAUGCAAUAUUUGAAAUUACGGGGUUCCAUGACUAAUAUCUGGAAACUUUAUCCGGUGGUGAAAAUAACAUUUGGAUUUACUCGUAGGGUAAAUCUCACUAGUUUUGGUUU